GUGGCGGAUCGCUGGACCGGGCCCGAGCGGAUCGGGGGCUCGGGCUGCGGGCUCGGGCUGCGGGUGCAGGGCGGGCCAGACGCGGAGCCUGGGAGCGAAGCCCAGGCUGUGCCGCGCGGCGCCAUGAAGGGCAAGGAGGAGAAGGAGGGUGGCGCGCGGCUGGGCGCCGGCGGCGGAAGCCCCGAAAAGAGCCCGAGCGCGCAGGAGCUCAAGGAGCAGGGCAACCGGCUCUUCGUGGGCCGCAAGUACCCGGAGGCUGCGGCCUGCUACGGCCGCGCCAUCACCCGGAACCCUCUGGUGGCGGUGUACUACACCAACCGGGCGCUGUGCUACCUGAAGAUGCAGCAGCACGAGCAGGCGCUGGCCGACUGCCGGCGGGCCUUGGAACUGGACGGGCAGUCUGUGAAGGCUCACUUCUUCCUGGGGCAAUGCCAACUAGAGAUGGAGAGCUAUGACGAGGCCAUCGCCAAUCUGCAGCGAGCCUACAACCUGGCCAAGGAGCAGCGGCUCAACUUCGGGGAUGACAUCCCUAGUGCUCUGCGCAUCGCCAAGAAGAAGCGCUGGAACAGCAUCGAGGAGCGGCGCAUCCACCAGGAGAAUGAGCUGCACUCCUACCUCACCCGGCUCAUUGUGGCAGAGCGGGAGAGGGAGCUAGAAGAAUGCCAGCGGAACCAUGAGGGUGAUGAGGACGAUGGCCACAUCCGGGCCCAGCAGGCCUGCAUCGAAGCCAAGCACGACAAGUACUUAGCAGACAUGGAUGAGCUUUUCUCCCAGGUGGAUGAGAAGAGAAAGAAGCGAGAUAUCCCGGACUACCUGUGUGGCAAGAUCAGCUUUGAGCUCAUGCGCGAGCCAUGCAUCACACCCAGCGGCAUCACCUACGACCGCAAGGACAUCGAGGAGCACCUGCAGCGCGUGGGCCACUUUGACCCUGUCACCCGGAGCCCCCUGACCCAGGAACAGCUCAUCCCCAACCUGGCCAUGAAAGAGGUCAUUGAUGCGUUCAUCUCCGAGAACGGCUGGGUGGAGGACUACUGAGGCCGGGCAAGGGCCAGGGCUGCCCACCUUGCCUAGUACCCUGGCUCAGGAGGGCCUUGGGGCAGUAGCUCCCAGUCCCUGUACAUAGUUUGUGUCUCUAGAUCUCUGCCCUGGUGUCCCCAACCCCACCCUCAUCAGUUCUGCUGCUGGACCACGAGCCCCACUUCCACCCCCAUCUGGGCCAGAAACAGCAGGCGAGGGUGGGCUGCUGCCACCGCUGUCCUGUAAUAAAAUCUGUGAGCACUA